ACACACUUUGAGUCGUUCUGUUUACUAACAAAACCACUCAUGCGUGCUCAUUAUUAUUUUUAUGGUAAUCCUAUUAAAUGAUGUAACUAGCUAUUAACAACUUAUUUAUUUAAAAAUGGGAAGGAAAUAUUAUUGUGACUAUUGUCAGAAGCAUAUACAGCGUGAUCCUGAUAUAGUACGGAAGCACAAUGAAGGAGUCCCACACCUCCGAAAUAAAACCGCCCAUCUCGAGAGCUUAAAAGAUCCAGUAGAAAUUCUACAAGAGACGGCAACGAAAAGGCCAUGUAGAACGUUGUUCACAUCGGAAGAGUGUAUGUUUGGAGCAACGUGCCGCUAUAGCCAUUACCGCCCCAAUGAACUAGUGCAGCUCCAGCAGUAUGCUAGUUGGGUGGAUGAGCAUAAAGCCAAACGUACUGCUGACAUUGUGGGAAAAUUGUGUUCGGCCAGAGCUAUAACGGAAAAAUUUAUUUCCAAACGCACGGAUAAACAAAUUAAGGAAUCUAGCGAGUACAAGCCAUUCUGGACAUACCCCGAGGAACUGAGGGAAAGAGAUUUGCCACCGUCAUUACAAGAGAUCGAUCCGACUGGAAUAGAUUUCAAUAACCUGGUUGGUUGGGGCUAAGUGAUAUCUACUGAAAUAUAAACUUCGAAUUCGUUUUCUAAUAAAAUAUAUUAGACAUCUAUAUAUUUAGUUUAACGUCAGUUCCGUUGGUAUACUAUUGCAAACA